AUGUUCCCUGGAGGUCCUAACCACCCGUUUCUGUUCUUUUUUGCCUCAGCCCUGGACGCCUCCAAAGACCCCUGCCUGAAGGUGAAGUGCAGCCCCCACAAGGUGUGUGUGACCCAGGACUACCAGACGGCCCUGUGUGUCAGCCGCAAGCACCUGCUCCCCAGGCAAAAGAAGGGGAACGUGGCCCACAAACACUGGGCGGGACCUUCGAAUCUGAUGAAGUGCAAGCCCUGCCCCGUGGCACAGUCGGCCAUGGUGUGCGGCUCCGAUGGCCACACCUACACUUCCAAGUGCAAGAUGGAGUUCCACGCUUGUUCCACUGGCAAGAGCCUCAGCACCCUCUGUGACGGGCCCUGCCCAUGUCUCCCUGAGCCCGAGCCUCCGAAGCACAAGGCAGAGAAGAAUGCCUGCACGGACAAGGAGUUGAGGAACCUCGCUUCCCGGCUGAAAGACUGGUUCGGAGCCCUUCAUGAGGAUGCCAACAGGGUCAUCAAGCCCACCAGCUCCGACGCAGCCCAAGGCAGGUUUGACACCAGCAUCCUGCCCAUCUGCAAGGACUCCCUGGGCUGGAUGUUCAACAAGUUGGACAUGAACUAUGACCUCCUGCUUGACCACUCAGAGAUCAAUGCCAUCUACCUGGACAAGUACGAGCCCUGUAUCAAGCCUCUCUUCAACUCUUGUGACUCCUUCAAGGACGGCAAGCUCUCUAACAACGAGUGGUGCUACUGCUUCCAGAAGCCUGGAGGUCUCCCUUGCCAGAAUGAAGUGAGCAGGAUUCAGAAGCUGAGCAAGGGGAAAAGCCUGCUGGGAGCAUUCAUACCCCACUGUAACGAGGAGGGCUACUACAGAGCCACACAGUGCCACGGCAGCACGGGCCAGUGCUGGUGUGUAGACAAGUACGGGAACGAGCUGGCUGGCUCCAGGAAGCAGGGCGCUGUGAGCUGCGAAGAGGAGCAGGAGACCUCGGGAGACUUCGGCAGCGGUGGCUCCGUGGUCCUGCUGGACGACCUGGAGGACGCGCGUGAGCUGGGGCCGAAGGACAAGCUGGGGAGGCUGCGGGCGCACACCCGGGCGACAGAAGACGACGAGGACGAGGACGACGACAAGGAGGAUGAGGUCGGCUACAUAUGGUAGUGCCCACGGGGAAGAGGACACGGCCAGCACAGACUGCAAGUCACUUCCUGUUCCUGCAUUUGUAUCUAAGACUCCGCGGCACCAAGGUCUCUCCUCCCUGCUGCUCUCCAGCCGACCUCCGAUUCGGACGACUCCUGUUCCCAGAGCUUUCUGAUUGUGCACACGGCUGUGUGGGAAGGAAGGUGUUGUUUUGUGUUUAGAAGGGACUGGCUGCUGACUGAGCGCCUCCUUCCCUCCCAUGAGACUUGUCCAAUGAGCAUGUGAUUGACGUGGGAUUCUGACGGUGCAGGGAGCCCCGCCCUCUCAACAUCAAGACCCUUUCUGACUCCCCACACCAGUGGUUGUACAGCAUGGUUCCCGCCUUACGGUGUCUAAGUGCUUUUCUUAUGUCUCGUAGAUGUCGUGGAAAACACACCACACUGUCCUUUAUCCCCCUGCGCCCGCCGCCCCUGCUGUUUGUUGCUAAAAAUUAAUUACUCCCAUCACUGUAUCUGGCUUCCUACAAACAACGGCCUUAAUUCAGUCAAGAAUCCUUUUGGGCAACUGGUUUUCUUUAUUAAAAAUGGUGUCUGGACGCUUCUCUCUGUGUGUGUGUAAAUAUGUACACAUGGACAGAGAGACCGUAAGCCAGGCUCACACCUGCUCAGAAAACUGUUUGGCUGUCUAUUAAAAAUUCAUUUGAAAACAAUGACCAAUUUGUCAGCCUGUCCAACCUGGAUCACAAUUCCGGAAUAAAGUGUCUCCAAGCCCGUGUUUGCACUGACACUUGGCACUGGCAGCUGCAGGCGGAGGAGGUUCCUUCCCAGAGCCUCUUUGACUUGGGUGGGCCUCUGUCUGCCGAAUCACUUGUCCUGCACAAGCCAUGCGGCUCCAUGUGGGCAGCUUCACAAGCCAUCUCUCUCAUUCCACCCGAAGCCCCGGGCGCAGCAUCCUGUCUGCCCAGGGCCCCGCCUCCCCUGCCUACCAAGGGCUUUUCUAAGGCAUGUCCACAUGCCCCUGCUCGCCGACAGACAGUACACGUAAUUCUUAGAAGAAAAUUUGGGAUUCUGAACUCCAGGUUUAGCUUUUGCCCCCAAUUCCAUCCACAAAUCAUGAUGAGAGACACAGCAGUACAGGAUCCCCCCCAGAGGCCUAGAAAGAGCUUCAGAGUAGCCCAUGGAAGUGAGGGUUGGACUUUUCGAGCGAGUCCUGUCUCCACACCCUCACCCACAUCAGUGUCAAGGUCCUAAGGAAGAAAGCCCUUCACCAUCUGUGCUUCUUUCCUUAAAUAAAAUUUGGUGGGGUCGUCAUUGCCGUGGUCUCCCCAAACCCCCCGCCCCCGUCGGGCUGGCCCAGACUCCAGGAUGACUACCAAAGAGAAGUCUUCAACGUGGCCCAUGUAGUUCAGUGCAGGCCCUUCGGCGCCUAUCCACCUGGCUGCCCCACCAGCCACCCAGCAAGGCUCUCUACCCCACAUUUGUUUUUCUUCCCUUCCCCAUAAGCUCCAGCUAGUCCACAAAAAGACAUAAACUCAGGCAAAAAAAAUGUAUUCAGCCAAACCAUGAUCGCAGUGGCAGCUGACCAACUGUCCACCCCAAAAUGCCCAUUUCUUUGUACUUUUCCCACCCACCUCAACUAGCCUUUUCCAACCUGGACAAAGUGGCAUUAGUCUCAGAUGGGAAGUGAACAAGCCUGAUGUAGCGAAUCCCUUAGGCCCGAUAGAUGCAAUGAUAGCCAGGGCCCUAGGUCCUAGAUGUAGGGAGGCUACACACAAGCUCGGUAUUCAGAUCUCCACUCCAUCACCUCCCUGUCAAUAUUAUUUUCCUAACUUGCACAAAACUUUGAGAUCAUAAUAUAGAAAACGGGUGUUUAAUUGCAGCUAAAUUACAAGAGAGUAUAUAAAAGAAGACAUUUAAAGAAAUCUCAGUUUAGACCCUCAAAGAAAACCAUUGUUACGGUCUCCUCUGAGCUUGGGACAAUGCACGAGAGCAAAAAUUAAAAUCAACAAAUUGAUUUCCCUUAGAGGAACUAAUUAUCUUAUGACAAGUGUCAAAUUAAAGAUGACACUUAAAGCUCCUUGACAUUAACUUAAUGAUGGAGAAGAGUGCUCAGGAGUCAGUUCCCAGGAAGGUGCUGAGAUGCUCAUUUUCAGAGGCAUUCCAAGAAGAUAUUUGAUUCAUUAAAAUAUGAAAUAAGAAGCCCUCCUACCAGGAGAGCCCCAGGACAGCGGAGCCCCAUUAGCACCACUUCUCGUGCCUCACAUUGGCAUGGCAGCGUUCCAUUCUUUAAAAUAUUUCAUGAUUUUUAUUUGUGAAAACACUGAAGAUUAGAUUUUUUAGUUACUUUAGCCUUAGAAGGAGAAUUGUUGCAUCCUUUCUUUGGCAGGAGUCCUUUAGCUAGUGACAAGGUAUCCAUAAAAAUUAUUAUAAAAAUACAUCUAGUCCCUUGUUUGAGACAGGCAUUGAAUCCUCACUCAUUUUUGGAAACUUCUUUGUUAAUAGUUUUAUUCUUAUUCCAUAAAUCUCUUAUUUAAUACCAUUUCCUUAGCAUCCCAACUUAAAUCCCAGAAUUUUCUCCCAUCAUGCGUAGGUGUCUGCCACAUCAAUGUCUUUUUGUUUCCACAGAUAUUCUAGGCAUGGAAACCCCUUCAUACAGAAUGUGAGGUUUUGGAUCAGUUUCCCCUCUUUAGGCCCAUUCCCCAGGCCCAGCAGGGAAUGACCAUGCCUUGCCCAGGUCUGCCCUCUGCCUCUCCCAGGAUUCCAUUCUUUUGUUUUUACGUUGGCCACGCUGUACAGUAACAUCCCAGAGCCCUUUCUACAGUGAGUGGUUUUGGUCUUUUUAUACCUUUUUCUCAAAGUCGCUGAUGUGUGUCCCUGUUCAGUGUGUAGCAUUGUAACAAAAGCCACCAAAUCCCAAGUGUCAGUUUGCUGUCCCUCUUGUAGGUGAAAUAGUGAUGUAGAAAACUAGUAAAUUCUGAAUGCUUUUUGACGUAGACUUAUCUGGAAUGUGAACAUGACUCUUUGGUUAAUAGUAACUGCUUAACUGUAGUCCCGAGUAGGUGCAUUUCUGUCUGUCUUAGUAAAUUUUAAUUUGUCUGCAA